AUGUUAACACGUUUCGACUUCCGUUUUGUGCAGAAGCUAACUCAAUCACUCGGCCAGAGGGAGGUUGGUUCUGGUCUUUACGAUUUCCUCACCACCUUUGGUAAGUAUUUUGACAAAGGAGUGGGUGGUGAUGAUGCGGGUGAGGGGGAGGAGUUGGACAACUUGGAGCAACAUGGGCCGGCCGCAGAGGACACAGGUGCCCCGCCCGUGAUUGAUGCGGAAAUAGUCGCGUUGGGGGCCCUGGUUGCUGACGGCGCACGAAUCGAUCUGGUCAAUGCGCGUCAGAGCGACACGGAUGGGGAGCCACCUGUUCCAAGGGAGAAUGCGCGCGAAAUCCUGCGUGGAAUGAGGGAGACGCAGCAGAGGGCCGCACAAGAGGAAACCCAGCGUUGCGGAUCGGAGACCCUACAGCAGAAGGAGGAGGGGGAGAGGAUGGAGGAGGAGCUUGCAGGGGCUUUACAGGCAGUGCACCUUCGGGUCGAGAAUGAUGAACAUGAGGAGGGGCAGGGUUUGGAAAUGAGGCAGGGGAGUCUGAAUGUCGUUGGCGAAUUGGAGGAAGAGGUGCAGAUGGCGGAACGCGACAAUACCGUGGUGUAUCAGAGGCGGGAGGCACGAACAAAGAAGAGGGAGCGGACGAGCCUCGAAAAAGAGAGGCGUGUUGAGCUCGAAAAAGAGGAGGCGCGGCAGAGGGAGGAGGAAGAGAGUAAGAGGCUAGAGGAGCCGGUGGAGCGCGAAAAGGAGGAGAAGCGGCAGAGGGAGGAGGAAGAGGGGAAGAGGGAGGAGGUUAGGCGGGCUGAGCGCGAAAAGGAGGAGAAGCGGCAGAGGGAGGAGGAAGAGGGGAAGAGGGAGGAGGAUAGGCGGGCUGAGCGCGAAAAGGAGGAGAAGCGGCAGAGGGAGGAGGAAGAGGGGAAGAGGGAGGAGGAUAGGCGGGCUGAGCGCGAAAAGGAGGAGAAGCGGCAGAGGGAGGAGGAAGAGGGGAAGAGGGAGGAGGAUAGGCGGGCUGAGCGCGAAAAGGAGGAGAAGCGGCAGAGGGAGGAGGAAGAGGGGAAGAGGGAGGAGGAUAGGCGGGCUGAGCGCGAAAAGGAGGAGAAGCGGCAGAGGGAGGAGGAAGAGGGGAAGAGGGAGGAGGAUAGGCGGGCUGAGCGCGAAAAGGAGGAGAAGCGGGAAGGAGGCGAGGGAGAAGGAGGAGCGGGCGCGGGAAGAGGGUCGAGGACGAGGGGCGAGAGGCGCGCGAAGAGGAGGCGAGGGAGAAGGAGGAGCGGGCGCGGGAAGAGGGUCGAGGACGAGGGGCGAGAGGCGCGCGAAGAGGAGGCGAGGGAGAAGGAGGAGCGGGCGCGGGAAGAGGGUCGAGGACGAGGGGCGAGAGGCGCGCGAAGAGGAGGCGAGGGAGAAGGAGGAGCGGGCGCGGGAAGAGGGUCGAGGACGAGGGGCGAGAGGCGGGUGGGGCGCGAAAGGGAGGAGGCGCCUCAGAAGCAGGAACGGGAAGGGAAGAGAACCGAAAGCGAACGCCGAAGGAAGGAGCUGCAAAGGCUCGAGCGCGAAAGGCAAGUGGCAAGACAGAUGGAGGGAGUCGGUGAGCAGAACGGUCCAGAGCGCCAGAGGGAUCGACGGGAAGAGCAUGAGCGGCGUGAAAUGGGGGGCGCUCCGCAGAGGAACGAAAGGCAGAGAGAGGUUGCUGGGUUGGGUGAACAAGGUGCAGGAGGGCAGCGGCGUGGGGAUGGAACUCGUCACACGUGCGAGGGCCAGAAGGGCGUGAGGGUCUGUCAAACGCAAGCAGGGCGGGGCGCAGGGGAAGGAGCUCGACAAGUGCUGGUUGGCGACCAGCCAGCCGAGGCGCAGCAGGGGACGACGGUUCGUCGGGCAGUAGAGGUGGGUUUAGCGGGGUUGGGAACUGGGGGACAGAUGGAGGAAGUCGGUGAGCAUCAUGGUCCGGAGUGCCAAAGGGAUCGACGGGAGGAGCAUGAGCGGCGUGAAAUGGGGGGCGCUCCGCAGAGGAACGAAAGGCAGAGAGAGGUUGCUGGGUUGGGUGAACAAGGUGCAGGAGGGCAGCGGCGUGGGGAUGGAACUUGUCACACGAGCGAGGGCCAAAGGGGCACGAGGGUCUUUCAAACGCAAGCAGGGCGGGGCGCAGGGGAAGGAGCUCGACAAGUGCUGGUUGGCGACCAGCCAACCGACGCGCAGCAGGGGACGACGGUUCGUCGGGCAGUGGAGGUGGGUUUAGCGGGGUUGGGAACUGGCGGACCGAGACUGGUGAUGCAGCGGGAAGGUGGCCGGCGUGAUGAUCAAACUGCUCGGAACAGGGUUGUCGAGGAAGACCGUAUGGGGGUCGAGCAGUCAAGACAAGCUGGUCGGCGAGAGGGUGAAGCGCGUCGAACGCUACAUGGUGAGAGAAUGGCGGAGGAGCAGGUCUGGCGUGGGGUGGGAUGGGGAGUAGGGGGAGCGCGACAAAGGGAGAAUCAGCAGAGGCAGGCGGGAGGACGGGUGGAGGAGGAGCUGGAGAGUGCGGCGAGUGCGCUCCCUAUGCAGAGGCGCCAUCCACGUGCGGCAGAGAAUCCUGCUGCGGUGCAGGCAGAGGAAUUAGGGUGA